AUGGCACCCGUGUCACCUUUCCAGUUCCUCCUGGUGCUCAGCCUAGUACCAAAGCUGGUAUCUGGAAGUCCCAAGCAGUACUUUCUGAAGUAUAUCUUGGAACCUCCACCCUGCAGAUCACAACCUGAUGACUGCACCAAAUUCUGUACAAACCAGGAGGAAUGUCCACACGAACUUCAGUGCUGUGCAGCCUACUGUGGGAUAGUCUGUACACAAAACAAAAAUCCGGUGCGGAAAAAACACCGUCCAUUGGCCCCCAGUGUCCUCGGCUCUGGAGGUCAUCACGAGGAGAAGUGUGGUUGA